AGAGUCUCCUGUAAUGGAGUUAAGGGAUGAGCUGACAGGCUAGUGGAAAAUCCCAGUGUAGUGUAGCAGCAACAAUGUUGCAAAGUGAGGGGAGGUCUUAGGCUCACCUAAUAUAAACGAAGUUCUGGAACAAUCUGGCCUCUUCCACCUGGGAUUUUGCAAGGAGAAAGUUUUGCCAUUCUUCAAGCGAAAAUGUCUAGAUCUAAGAGAAGUGCUGCGGUGCCCAUUCGCUUCAGGGAGUCCCCUGGGAGAUCCUUGAGGAGUGCACCUGUAAUUGAAGAGGAGGAUGAGGAUGUGGUGCCACCAACUCCGGAGAAAACAAGGCCAGUAUCAUCUGCUUUAACUCCUAAUGUUGUGGUCACUAACCCCCCAGCCCCUGAACUUGCACCCGCCGGGCCCGGUACUGUGAUGGUUGCGGGACAGGCGGGUGCAGUGAGCGCUGGCCCAUCCGGCCUAGACACGGCUUUGGAGGCAGGCCUGGGGGCCCUUACGGCCUCCGGAAUGUCGCCGGAGGCGGCGGCGGCCAUAGUGGGCAUGUUUAAGGCCCUCACGGCCGCCGUUCUGCCUCCGGUGGCAAGCCGGGUGGAACCGGGGCCUACCGCCCCUCAUUAUCCCCCUCAAUUGGGCCGGGGGCCUGGGGACCCUCAUCAGGCAGGGCCCAGUAUGGUAAAUCAUCCGGCCGGGUCCCUAGGGCCCGGCACGGAUGCCUCAUUGGUGGCUCAGUCGGUUACUGGAGCGGGGCCUGCGGGUCCUCGCCCACUCACCGGACCGCCGCUAUCAUUGGUGGCUCAGUCGGAGCCUGCAACUACCAGUGCAGGCUCCGGUUGCGGCCUUGCGUCCGCCGCGUCCAUUUCCGGCCGGUCAGGUGACACGCGUGACGUCACUUCCGGCGCCGCGGUAGUCACACGGCCGGAACCUGGAUCAGAGCGGCACAUCCAGCGAGCGCGCAAGAGGCCUAGCCGGGUACUCUCCACAGGUGAGGGGGGAGUAUCCGGGCGGGCCUGCUCCGCUGCGCGACACUCUGCAAUAGCUAGCAAUGCAAACAGAGCAAGUCCCUUACAGAGAGGCCGCGGCGCGCAGAGAGGGAGGCUCAGGGGUUCCAGUGUUAGCAAGCAGGCUUAUGGGAGAGCUAGAAGCGCAUUGCUGGAGCGCCAGUGGUAUCACAGGGGGGGUGCCAGCAGCAACUAUGUACCCCAAACAAGGGUGAAUGCGCCCACUGAUGGGGCACAGGGCGAGUCGCUAGGCACAAUAACUGCAGGGGUCCAAGGGGGCAAAGGGCUUGUUGCGGCAGGUGCUCAGAACGUUCAUUCAGUCAGGGAGCGUGUGGUCAGAGAAUCCCCCUAUGUGGCAGGGCCAGCGAAUGAAUGGAGUGGUGAUAUGAAUGACGAGAGGGCUAGAGGGGUCCCAGACAGGGCCGGGGGCAGUACUUCUACCCCGAUUGGGGGCGGCAGUCAAGGGGGACACACGGCUGGCCUGGAUACUCCCCUCUCGUUUGUUUCUCCCCCACAGGACAUGGUGCCUACACCGCAGAGGACAGAGGGCCCGGGUACAACGGGAGUAGGACUAUCUGUACAGCCAGCAGGCGGAUCAGUGGCAGCUGCACCAGGAACAUCUACCCCGUCAACAUCGGCAGUUGGUGUGGCUACAGGUCCUUCUCGUAUCUGGAUAAUAGGGCACUCCUACGUGCACUGGGCGGCACUGAAGGCCCAUUCUCUUCCUGAGGGGCAGCAGUUGGGGAUUCCGACGUCUCAGGCAUCAAUACGGUGGUUGGGCCGUAGAGGCUUACAGUGGGAUGGUUUGCCUGCCCUCCUCCAGAAUGCCAGACAUCGAUGGGGACAGCCCCACAUCAUCCUCCUUCACAUGGGGGGAAAUGAUAUAGGGAGUGCACCUGCUCUAGAUCUCAUCAAUGCGAUGAGGUCGGAUGUCAAGUGGAUCUGUACCACGUUUCCGGGGGUUAGGCUGGCCUGGUCCAACAUAAUCCCCCGGCUGCGUUGGAGAUAUUUCCCCACACCGAGGAUAGCAUAUAGGGUUAGGAAAAAAGUUAACAGGGAGCUGGGUAGAGCAGUAAUAGAGGUAGGGGGUUUUGUGGUCCGCCAUGAACUGAUCUCAGCGGACAAAAAAGGGCUGUAUCGCCCGGACGGGGUGCACCUGUCCGACGAAGGGCUGGCGAUCUUCCUGGUGGACCUCAAAACGGCUCUGGUUAGUAAUAUUUAGCGGGUGGCGGCAAGAGCCCGGUUUAUGUGGGAGUGCCUGUCUCUUGUGGCGGGAGGUCGUAGCCAUCAACAAUUGAGGGCGGAGUCUGUAGAGGUGACAGUCGGGCUAAUGGGCGGGGGUGAUGUCCUCAGGUCGUGACCUGGGGGGCCCCGCCCCGCGGGUCUGCUGGCUGAAGAUCCUUUAGGACGUCCGCGCCUACUAGACGGAAUGGGGUGGGGCCACAUUUGUGCCCACCCUUGGCAUUUGCUAUUCCACGACAUCUGGCUGCGACCUCUUGUCAUAUGGAGCUAAUAGUUUACUAGGCCUCGAAUGCCGCCACAAGUUAAAUAUUUGAAUGACUUCCGUUGAAGUCAAGUUAAUAAAUGUGACCAUCGUUAUGGUCUUUAAAUCCCAGCUAUCUGUGUCGUGUCUUUAUUUAUAAGUUAAGUAGUUAUGUUAAGUUGUUUUGAAGGGGUUGGAACUACCAGAUACAGCAUCAGCCCUUAGGGGAAUGAAAGGUAGCAGAGUCUCCUGUAAUGGAGUUAAGGGAUGAGCUGACAGGCUAGUGGAAAAUCCCAGUGUAGUGUAGCAGCAACAAUGUUGCAAAGUGAGGGGAGGUCUUAGGCUCACCUAAUAUAAACGAAGUUCUGGAACAAUCUGGCCUCUUCCACCUGGGAUUUUGCAAGGAGAAAGUUUCCCUCCCUCCCAACCCUAUUGUUGAAUGGUUAAUUAAGUAAUUGCUAUUGCAACAGUUUUUAGGCGUCAUUCAGGCAGAUGGCUUCCCGGACGGGUUGCUGGUCCUUUAGAUGCGAAAGGCAGGGAUGGGGUUAGUUGACCUAGUCUUGGUAAGACCUUAGCCGUAAUUUAUUUGCUUCCUGGGCGAGCCUUGCUGCAGGGCUUGGCCAUACCAGUGCCUUAGAGGCUGAAGCGCAUCAUAACAUCCACGUAUCUCCUAAUGGCGGGAGGUCGUAGCCAUCAACAAUUGAGGGCGGAGUCUGUAGAGGUGACAGUCGGGCUAAUGGGCGGGGGUGAUGUCCUCAGGUCGUGACCUGGGGGGCCCCGCCCCGCGGGUCUGCUGGCUGAAGAUCCUUUAGGACGUCCGCGCCUACUAGACGGAAUGGGGUGGGGCCACAUUUGUGCCCACCCUUGGCAUUUGCUAUUCCACGACAUCUGGCUGCGACCUCUUGUCAUAUGGAGCUAAUAGUUUACUAGGCCUCGAAUGCCGCCACAAGUUAAAUAUUUGAAUGACUUCCGUUGAAGUCAAGUUAAUAAAUGUGACCAUCGUUAUGGUCUUUAAAUCCCA